AUGACAAUGCAAGAUGUUCGUCAGGCACUAAAUGUGUCUGCUUUGACCGACUAUAUUCACUUGCAUUUGGGUGCUUCAUACGGUGCAAUCGAGUCGAUCUCUCAGUUCCAACACGGUCAAUCGAAUCCAACGUACCUAUUGACAAUGACCAAUUGUAAAACCAAGUGGGUGUUACGCAAAAAACCACACGGUCAUAUCCUACCGUCUGCACACGCUGUGGAGCGUGAGUAUCAAGUUCUAAAAGCUCUCGAGCAUACAGAAGUACCAGUACCACGUGUUAUUUUGUUGUGUGAAGACCAUGAGGUAAUUGGCACGGCCUUUUACCUCAUGGAAUACGUACACGGUCGUAUCUUCCAGGACCCGUCACUACCUGGUAUCAAACCCAUGUAUCGUUAUGCCAUGUAUAGCUCUGCAUUGGAUGCACUUGUGAAGUUACAUGAACUGGACUAUAAGAAGAUUGGAUUAACAGGCUUUGGUCAGCCAGAGAAAUACUGUCAUCGAGUGGUGACACGCUGGAGUCGACAAGUACAAGGAGGACAGACAGUCUUUGCCAAGGCAGGAGUCGAAGACAAUCCAAAGAUGAUCCAGUUGCAACACUGGCUGGAAGAUCAUGCACAUGAUGCAGAGAAGGAGACAGCUGAUGGACGAGCGUGUAUUGUACAUGGAGACUUUCGACUUGAUAAUAUGAUCUUUCACCCGACAGAGCCAAGGGUAAUGGCGAUUCUAGACUGGGAGUUGUGCACAAUUGGCAACCCAUUUGCUGAUGUAGCAACGCUAGCAUCAGCGUACAGACUAUCGAGCGAUAACUCGAACACGAUCUUGGCCCCUGGACUGUCGGACGUAUCUUUGAAGAAGCUUGGCAUUCCAUUGGAAAGUGAAUUAUUGCUAGGAUACUGUAGUCGUGCGAGACGCUUUCCGCUAGAUACUAAGACGUGGAACUUCUUUAUGGGUCUGAUUGUUUACCGCUUUGCUGCAAUCUGCCACGGAGUGUACGCUCGUGCGUUGCUAGGCAAUGCGUCGUCGGCGAACGCUGCAUGCGCGAAGACAACGAUGGAUCGCCUAUUGGCGAUGAGCGACGACAUUAUGGAUUCUUCGGCAGAUAUCUACCCUGAUCCGGAAUUGGAGCACAUUCUGCCCUUCCCAAUACGGCCGCACGCAUUAGAGAUUUACAAGAAGUUGCUCAAGUUUUGCCAGACUCGGGUAUACCCUGCAGAGUAUGUGCAUCUGGAUCAAAUUGCCAAGGCACGCCAAGAAGGUCGUGUGUGGGAUGUUGUACCACCUAUCAUCGAGAAGCUCAAGACCGAAGCAAAAGCGUUAGGACUUUGGAAUCUGUUCCUGCCCGAAUGCGUGGUGCCGGCGCUCAAUGACAAGGAACCUGACGUCAAAUAUGGCGGAGACCUGACCAACCUCGAGUACGGACUCAUGUGCGAGGUAAUGGGGCGCUCGAUCGUGCUGGCGCCUGAAGUCUUCAACUGCUCGGCACCCGACUCGGGCAAUAUGGAGAUCCUCACUCGCUUUUGCACAGCGAAGCAGAAGCACCAGUGGCUUGUCCCUUUGCUCAAGGGCGACAUUCGGUCAUGCUUUGCUAUGACAGAAAAACAUGUGGCUUCAUCUGAUGCCACCAACAUUGAAACGAGUAUCGCACGCGACAAGGAGCGCCAGGAAUAUGUGAUCAACGGACACAAGUUCUAUAUCUCCGGAGCGGGCGACCCACGUUGCAAAAUUAUUGUGCUGAUGGGCAAGCACGCCGAGCGAAGAAAUGAGAGCGUGUAUAAGCAGCAGUCGAUGAUCCUGGUGCCGAUGAAUACACCAGGUGUGGUAGUUGUGAAGCCCAUGCACGUGUUUGGUUACGAUGAUGCACCGCACGGUCAUAUGGAGAUGAAAUUUGAGAACGUUCGCGUUCCGUUCAGCAACAUUUUGCUCGGUGAAGGUCGUGGGUUUGAGAUUGCACAGGCGCGCCUUGGACCGGGUCGUGUCCAUCACUGUAUGCGCACGAUCGGUGCUGCAGAGCGUUGCCUUGAGUUGAUGGUGCAGCGUGCGAAGACGCGCACAGCCUUCAAACAGCUGCUGGCCGAAAACCCGCUUGUGUGCUCUCAGAUUGCCAAGUCGCGCUACGAGCUCGAUAGUGCGCGGCUUCUUACCUUGCAAGCUGCACACCUAAUGGACAAACAUGGCAACAAGGUCGCUCAGCAGGCGAUUGCUAUGAUUAAGAUCGUAGCGCCUAAUAUGGCACUGAAAGUCUGCGACCGGGCUAUUCAACUUCAUGGUGCUGCUGGAGUAGGCCAGGACUUUAUUCUGUCGUAUUUGUACGCAGCAAUGCGCACACUCCGCAUCGCCGACGGACCCGACGAGGUGCAUAUGCGCACCAUUGCCAAGCUCGAGCUGAGAAACUCGAAAUUGUAG